AUGCCUGUGGGCCGAAAGUACAGACCCGUCAAAAUUGGUCCUGUAACAAUGCCUCACUACGCCAGCCCUGCCACACAACUUGUGAUCGUCGCCUUUGUCUGUUUCCUAUGCCCUGGCAUGUUCAAUGCCUUGUCGGGUAUGGGUGGAGGUGGUCAAGUCUCUGCCAAAGCAGCUGACGAGGCCAACAUUGCCCUCUAUGCCUGCUUCUCUGUCGUUGGAUUCUUUGCUGGCAGCAUCGUCAACUUCAUCGGCAUCAGAUGGAGUCUGUCCUUUGGUGGUCUAGGCUACUGUGUUUACGUGGCUUCGUUCCUUUGCUACACCCACACCCAGAACACAGGCUUCAAUAUCUUCGCAGGCGCUCUGCUCGGUUGCUGUGCCGGUAUGCUGUGGUCAGCUCAGGGUGCUAUCAUGAUGUCUUACCCAAGUGAGAGCUCCAAGGGAAGAUAUAUUUCCUGGUUCUGGAUGAUUUUCAACCUUGGUGCGGUCAUAGGAAGUCUGAUUCCCCUGGGUGAGAACAUCAACUCCACUAGCAGUGGCACCGUCUCCGACGGAACUUACGUCGGCUUCAUUGUCUUGACAGCCUGCGGUGCUGGGCUGGCCUGGUUCCUGGUGGAUGCAAAAUCGGUUGUCCGCAGUGAUGGUUCUCGCAUCAUCCUCAUGAAGAACCCUACCUGGAAGUCCGAGUUGUUGGGACUCUGGGAGACCAUCAGGAGCGACCCAUACAUCAUCUGUCUCUUCCCGAUGUUCUUCGCCUCCAACUGGUUCUACACUUACCAAUUCAAUGGUGUCAACCUUGCAUACUUCAACACCAGAACUCGUGCUCUGAACAACACCCUUUACUGGACUGCCCAGAUUGUUGGUGCAUUCGUCUUCGGGUUCUGUCUUGACUACUCCAAGAUCCGCCGCACCGUCAGAGCAAAGAUUGCCUGGGUCGCCAUCCUGGUUUUGACUCUCGUAGUCUUCGGUGGUGGAUAUGCAUUUCAGACCGGUUAUACUCGCGAGUCCGUCGCCAAGGGUUCAGGUUUCCAAUCCAAGGACUGGAGCGACGCUGGCUAUGUUGGUCCGAUGUUCCUGUACAUCUUCUACGGCUUUUACGAUGCCGCAUGGCAGACAUGUGUGUACUGGUUCAUGGGAUCUUUGACAAACAACGGUCGCAAGCUCACCAACUUUGCUGGCUUUUACAAGGGUAUCCAGUCCGCUGGAGCUGCCGUUAUCUGGCGUCUUGAUUCGCAGAGUUUGCCAUACAUGAGCGAGUUCGCCUCCAGUUGGGCACUUUUGCUGGGCGCUCUGGUGUGUGCUCUGCCAGUCUUGCUCAUCAGAGUUACAGACCAUGUCAGUGUUGAGGAGGAUGUGAAAUUCUCGGACGAGACGGUCGAAGAGAUCAUCGGUACACAAGACGGCAAAGCAGUUGUUCAUGACUCCGAGAAGGUCUAA